AUGGUGUCAAGCAGCGGCGACGACCGUGACACGAGCAGGAAGAAGAGGCAGACAAAGCGAGACUGUGCCGAAGUAGUGGCUGAGCACCCUCAAGAUGAGAGUGGCGUCAGCUGCGAAAAGACAAGAAAGGUCCGAAAGUACUCUCCCACCACGGACAACGACAAGUCCACGUCCAACAACAAUGCUGCUAGCAGCGCCGCCGAGUCGGCGACUGCAAAGACAGAAAUGUCAAGCAACAUCACUACUAAUGUCACUACCAAAAACUUGACGAGCAGCCCCCAGGAAAGUUCCACGGCCAAGAAAGUCAAAACAACAACGUCUGCCACCCAAACCACGACGACAUCCGAGUUGAGCAGCAGCAACAAGGAGAAUCCACCCGUGGUGGAAAAUCAAGACUUGGAGAGCGCUCUCAGCUAUGUGGCUUCUAUUGGAGAAGGACGUACCGAGUCUUUGUCGAGUGAUGCGACCUUGUCGUUUCGUGUGGGGCACGCUGGUGAUGCUUCAACGCUGGCAAAUUGGUACAAAAAGUCCAUGGCUAGCAGGAAUAACAACCCGGACAAUCAUCAUCCAGACGGAGAAAAAUCGCAAGAAAUAAUCAACAGCGAAUCCCCAUCCAAGCCUGACAAAUCAGCGUCAGCAGACGAUUCACCCUUGGAACUCUGGUUGGUGGAUGGACUGGGAGAUGAAGGCAUUCCUCCUUCCUUAUUUGCGCUCAUUGCCGAUGUCAGCAGCACAACAAAGAAGAAUUAA